AUGUUUUCUAGAACACGUCAUUACCUGGUAGCAGGCCAGAGUCCCUGGGAGGACCCCAGGGUGAAAGCAGGGUUCAGGGUCAGCGGCCUGGAAAAGAGCCGCCAACCGCCCGAGGUGUCGGGGACUCCUCCCAACCCCGGAGGAGGGCUUAGACGGCCACCCUUCUUUCAUGGUCAGCCCCAGGGGUCACAGGGGCCUUGUCAGGAAGGGAAUGUUGUGGCUGGAGUCCUCUGGGCAGGGCAGAGGGGCCGACCAGCCCCCGAUCAUCAAAUACAAACCCUCCCACUGGAGGGGGCCCUCCUUCCCCAGAAAGCAGCUCUCUCCCUGGCAGAAGGGCUAGCCCCCCAACAAAUGCAAACCCUCCCACCGAAGGGGGCCCUCCAGAAAGCAGCUCCUUCCCUGGCAGAAGGGCCAGCCCCCCAACAAAUACAAACCCUCCCACCGAAGGGGGCCCUCCAGAAAGCAGCUCCUUCCCUGGCAGAAGGGCCAGCCCCCCAACAAAUACAAACCCUCCCACCGAAGGGGGCCCUCCAGAAAGCAGCUCUCCCUGGCGGAAGGGCCAGCCCCCCAACAAAUACAAACCCUCCCACUGAAGGGGGCCCUCCAGAAAGCAGCUCCUUCCCUGGCAGAAGGGCCAGCCCCCCAACAAAUACAAACCCUCCCACCGAAGGGGGCCCUCCAGAAAGCAGCUCUCCCUGGCGGAAGGGCCAGCCCCCCAACAAAUACAAACCCUCCCACCGAAGGGGGCCCUCCAGAAAGCAGCUCUCCCUGGCGGAAGGGCCAGCCCCCCAACAAAUACAAACCCUCCCACUGAAGGGGGCCCUCCAGAAAGCAGCUCCUUCCCUGGCAGAAGGGCCAGCCCCCCAACAAAUACAAACCCUCCCACCGAAGGGGGCCCUCCAGAAAGCAGCUCUCCCUGGCGGAAGGGCCAGCCCCCCAACCGAAGGGGCCCUCCAGAAAGCAGCUCUCCCUGGCGGAAGGGCCAGCCCCCCAACAAAUACAAACCCUCCCACCGAAGGGGGCCCUCCAGAAAGCAGCUCCUUCCCUGGCAGAAGGGCCAGCCCCCCAACAAAUACAAACCCUCCCACCGAAGGGGGCCCUCCAGAAAACAGCUCCUUCCCUGGCAGAAGGGCCAGCCCCCCAACAAAUACAAACCCUCCCACCGAAGGGGGCCCUCCAGAAAGCAGCUCUCCCUGGCGGAAGGGCUUCCACCUAGAUGCUGAAGAGAUGGGAAUUCCCUCCAGGAUUCCAGCUGGCAUCGCUGUAGCGCUGUUCACUUUGUCAGAUACUGAGGUCGAUAAGGUGGGUAAGUCUUCCAGGGCCCGAGUUUCCUGCGCUGCAAACGGGGGAGACGAGCGACGUCACGAAGCUGGCACAAGUAGUGGGUGGCAGAAGGACGGCGAAGCCAGGCCUCCCCCGGGCUGA